UCCGUCCUCCUCCUCCUUCCCCCUCCAUCCUCCUCCUCCUUCCCCCAUCAGUCCCCCAACACCCCCAGGGCGUUUCUCCUCCUGGGGUACCAUGGACACCCAAGAUGCCUCCGCCGCCAACCACUUGUUCGAGACCACGCCGGCCCGCACGGUGCUGGUGCUCCGCAACGGGGACCGAUAUUACCUGGGCAAGAAAUUUGUCAUCAACCGGAGGGUGCCCAACUUCGAGGCCUUCAUGAACCAGCUGAACGAGGAGGUGGAGGCUCCCUUCGGGGUGAGGCAGCUCUACACCCCCAGCCAAGGACACCCGGUGCAGGAGCUGGAGGAGUUAAAGCAGGGCGGCAGAUACGUGGCGGCCGGCAGAGAGAAGUUCAGGAAACUCGAUUACUUUCAAAUAACAGCCAGAAAGCCGCAGAGGAUGAGAAGGAUGAAGGAAAUUAAGCCAGUUGUCCACAGUGAACUGAAUGUCCCUUCCAGAUGGCAAACCUUCUUUCGCAAGCCUAGGGAAAUAAAUGUGCUAACCAAUGGGAAUCUACACAUUCCACCUACCAAGCUACUGAUACCCAAAUUCACUUUAACAGACUGGGAUAAUGUGCUUGCCAUGAUUGGAGAAAAAGUCUUCCCUCUGGGUGGUGUUCGGAGACUGUAUACGAUGGAUGGCUGUCUUUUGGGUAACUCAGAUGAGUUGGAAGACCACCAAUUCUAUGUGGCUGCAGGAAAAGAGAACUUUAAAUAUCUGCCAUACUGGGAUUCCCCCAAAGUCCCCAAAGAUAUUCAAGACAGGUUUGCUGGCUCGGAUAAGAAUCCACGAAGAAAAAAAAGAGAAGUGAGUGAAAUUUAUCCUCAGAAACCUGAAAAGACUUCAACCAAAAAGGAGAAUUCAGUGUUUUAUGCCAAGAAGGGCCAGAAGCAAGGUUUUUCAGAUCAUUUGGUCACAGAAAAAAAUCCAGAAGGGGGUGUGUUCAAAGCCCGCACUCCCCGGAAAGAAGUCCAAGGAGCCCCCUACGUCAAAGAUGACAAGCACGUGCAGGUCGAUGUCCCCAUUGAUCAGAUGCCAGCUGAGAUGAUAAAAGAAGAAGAAUACACCAGUGAGGCGGUUGCCACUCCUAGCGGCGACAAGAAGGAACAAAAAAGAGGCUGGAAAUUCAUGGACGUGUUUGACUUUUUAUAUAAACCCAAGGAAAAAGAAAGCAAAAAAACCACCAGAGUCAAACCAAGCACAGAUGAAAAAUAAGAUAAACCCACCAGGCCAGGAACAGCAACCAGAAGACAAAUGAAGACAAAAGUUACAUUAGCGUCACAUUUUGAGGCAGAGGCCUUGACUGUAGGAAGGUGAUUUAAGAGACAUCGUCUUUACUUCAGGGAGUUAGUUGCCAUCGAACCAGCAGAAAUUCUGCCCCGUAGAGGUAUAGACAAUUAAAAUUGCCUAUCCUAAGGUGCGACACCCCCGAA